UUAUCUUGCGCAUUCUUCCUCAAAGUUACUCAACGGAAAAUCGGAUUCGGGAGGCGACAUGGCGAGGGUUGAUAGAGGAUCGGGGCGGGAAACUCGGAAGUUCCCCGCGGCAAACUUUUGAGGGUUAUCAUCGGGAAGUCGCCAUUUGUAUAUCAGAACCGGUUGUACAAAUGGGUUGGAUCAUUCAUCAAAACUAUUCAGAACAGUGAGGUCUUGUAUAUUCUUUGCCUUCCUCUUUCUUCACUCUAUCUGUACCAAGUAUCUGUUCCAUAUCUCUAAACCCUGAUUCAAACCCGAUCUAUACAAUCGAUCCUGCCUAUUUUGGAACACUAUCUCAUCCUUCUUUUUUAUAUUUCCUAAUACUUCCAAGUCAUCCUCCCAACAGGGCGACAAGCAAAAUGGGAAGCAUCGCUCCAGAACAAACCACAACCCCCAUCCCCCAAAGCCCAUGGAUCCAAACCCCCCUCGUUGAAUCCGCCUCUCUCUCCCGCGCAGCAGGCUGUCGCAUCUUCCUCAAACUCGAAAAUGUUCAACCAAGCGGCUCCUUCAAGUCCCGCGCCAUGGGCAACCAAAUCCUCUCACACCUCAAGAACCCAGCGCACGCAGGCCGCCCCGUGCACUUCUACGCCUCGUCCGGCGGCAACGCGGGUCUUGCUGCUGUCUGCGCAUCCAGGAGCCUGGGGUACCCGUGCACGGUUGUGUUGCCGACGAGCACGAAGCCGAUGAUGGUGGAGCGGUUGCGGACGGCGGGGGCGGUUAGUGUGGUGCAGCAUGGGGAGACGAUUUCUGAGGCCGGGGAGUUCAUGAAGGAGGUGCUUAUGAAGGAGGUUGGGGAGGGGGAGAGUGAGGAUGUGGUCAAGGUUGCGCUGCAUCCAUUUGAUAAUGAGCCGAUUUGGCAGGGGAAUAGCACUAUUGUCGAUGAACUCGCCACUCAGCUUCCUGCGUCUGCAUCUGUGGAAUCUUACCACGACAAACCACUUCCACUUGACGCAAUCAUCUGCAGUGUUGGUGGCGGAGGCCUCCUCAACGGUUUGAUCAUGGGUCUUGAACGCGAACGCCAGAAGAAGCACCUCCCCGUUUCUAAAAAAGACAUCCACCUCCUCGCCAUCGAAACCUUAGGCACCGACUCCCUCGCCCAAGCCAUGGCUCAGAAAUCUCACAUCUCGCUCUCCAGAAUUACUUCCCAAGCUAUCUCCCUCGGCUGCGUCCGCGUUUCUGAAAAGACAUUCAACUACGCCCUCUCCCCGCCACCGGGGCUGAAAGUGCACAGCGCCGUUUUGUCAGAUGCAGACGCUGCGCGCGGCUCGCUUCGUCUGGCUGAUGAUGAGCGGUUGCUCGUGGAAUUGGCAUGCGGUGUCUGCGUUGAAGCUGCUGUUGGCGACGCCGGCAAAGCGCGUGCGGCUAUGAUCAGCAAAAAGCGGAAGAGGUCUUCAUCUGACGAGGGGUAUGGGGAUGAUCGAUCUUCUGUCGAGAAUGAUGCCGGAUCCUUGCCGUCGUCGGUAUCGGGUGAGGUUGGCUCGUUGCAGUCGAAGCUGAAGCAGUUGGUGCCGGAUUUGAACCCCGAGAGUCGUGUGGUGAUUGUUGUUUGUGGUGGGAGUAAUGUUUCUGUUGAUGUUGCGGUGGAGUGGAGGAAGAUGUUGCGAGAGGGAUGGGGUAAGCAGUGA